AUGGCCGUCCCCUCUGGAAUCGCAACACCACCGUCCCUAGGCGAUUCCCAGAGCGCCGGAACCGACAGCGACGGGCAUGACUUCUCCCCCACCUCCCCAACCGGACAUCAAGGUAGCAGAAGCUUUAGGCCCAAUGCAUCUCUGGUCCUGGUUGGAAUUCGGGGCUGCGGCAAACGAUCCCUCGGCUUCAUCGCGGCAACGGCGCUGAACUGGCGGUUUAUCACGGAGGACUACUAUUUCAAAGAGACAGUCGGGUGUUCCCGACAGGAAUUCCUGCAGGCCGCGGGUCGCCAGGAGUUCCAUCGAAUGGAGGUGGAGGUGUUGAGGCAGAUGCUGGACAACCACCAGAUAAAUUGCGUGAUUGAAUGCGGGCUGGGGAGCCUUACACAGUCCACUCAGGAGUAUCUCCAGCAGUACGCGCUGGCCAAUCCGGUGGUGCAUGUGCUGCGGGAUAUGGAGCAGAUCCAGACGCUGUUGAACCUGCCGGACAAUUCAAUGCAGCUGCUGCGCAGCACUGACCUGUCUCACCGGAGCUGCUCGAAUUUCGAGUUCUACAACCUUGAGGAUCACUCGAGUGACUACCAUGGCCAGAACGACGCCGUCGACCGAAAAAGUGACACUUAUGCGUUCAAGCUGAAAAAUGUCCGGGACGAAUUUACCAAUUUUGUUCGUGUAGUCACCGGUGUAGGCAUACCCUUGUCGGGGUUUGAUUCGCCCUUUGCGAUUCUUGAAGACCAGAUUGAAUCGAGGCUACACACGCACUCUGUACAGGUGCGGCUGUCUGAUCUACUCGAUGGCCUGGUCGAGUUCUCGGAGUUGGAAGCUGGGGGUGAUGCUCUAGAACUCUGCGUUGAUGUCUGGCCUCCUGAUGCGCUCUCCACCAUGAGCAAAUAUGUGUCCAUACUACGGAGAGUUAACGCUCUCCCUAUUAUUUUUUCCACUGAUAUCCGCGCUCUCGAGAAACUAAGCCUUUCUCCUUCAGAGGUCCAAGAUAUUUAUUUCGAGUCCCUGACCCACGGCUUGAGGCUAGGUGUCGAAUAUAUGUCCAUUGACUUGAGUUGGGACGCAAUCGCUGAUCAUCCAGCCACUGCCACGCUCUUUCAGUGCAAAAGACGUACCAAAAUUAUAGGCCAUUUCUUUUUGGAGACCGUCAAUGGGCCUGCUUGGCAGGAAGACGAAUGUUUGAGGCUCUACCAGAAAGCUGAACAUCUCGGCUGUGAUCUCGUUCGUCUUCUCCAGGUUGCAAAGGACCGGCUCGACAACGAAGCCGUUUGUGCGUUCCGGGUAAAAGUUCGAAAUCUUCCCGGGAAUCACCCACCGUUGAUCGCCUACAACGUUGGUAUCCUAGGACGAACAUCACAGAUCUUCAAUCAAGUGCUGACUUGCGUAACACACUCCGCAAUAAAGAGGAAACAUGAUCCCGAGGGUUAUGAUCCUCUCAUCACGCAGCAACAUGCCGUUGAGGCACUUUUCCGAAGCUAUGUUCCAGACCCACUACAAUUCUAUGUGAUCGGUGAGAAUGGCACCUAUAAUCUCUAUCCAGCCAUGUACAAUGCUGCAUUUCAAUCGUACGGCAUGGCUCACACGUACAAUGCUCCUGGCACAACAUCACUAGCUGAUCUGGAUCGCCUUACCGCUAACCCAAAUUUUGGAGGCGCAAGCAUCGUCCUGCCGUACAGGGUGCAAAUCUUUGAGCAUCUCACGGCCAAGAGUCGACACGCAGAGACUAUUGGUGCUGUAAAUGCAGUGCUGCCACUGCGCGUCGAUUCCACUGGAUAUAUUUACCCCUUAAAAGAGCAAGCUAAUCGACGCAGUCGCGCUGGUAGAAUUGGUGGGCUGUACGGCGACAACACUGACUGGGUCAGCAUCUUCGUUUGUUUGCGAAGAGGUCUCUCGCCUCGAAAUGCAAUUUCACCGCUGAAAUCCACGGGCCUUGUUAUUGGCGCGGGCGGAAUGGCGCGGGCCGCCAUUUACGCUAUGCUGAAGUUGGGUUGUCGUAAUAUUUUUGUGUACAAUAGAACUAUUGAACAUGCCGAAAUCGUGGCGAGGCACUUCAGCUCGUUGGCAAGGGCUUCAUCAGCGUCGGCGUCGUCGUCGUCGUUACCUGAGUCCGGGAAUGCUGUGCGUGUCUUGGGCCCAUCGACGCAACCCUGGCCGUCCGACUUCGCUUUGCCUUGCAUGAUUGUAUCGUGUGUGCCGGCAAACACCAUCGGUGGCGAUGCUCCUCUCGAGCUCCCUGGCCAAUGGCUCGAGAGUCCUACGGGAGGAGUGGUACUAGAGCUGGCUCUCAAUCCUCCCUAUACCAAGCUAUUGCAACAAGUUACUCAGUACCGUAGCCAAACUGAAACACCAUGGGUUCUCGUGGACGGAUUUGAGGUAGCCGCUGAGCAAGGAAUUGCACAGUUUGAGCUUCAAACCGGUAGUCGAGCACCGCGUCGGCUGAUGAGGCGUCAGGUCUUACAGAACUAUCCUUACGGAGAAGGCCCAUAUGAUGAGAAUGCUAUCAAUGCAAGACUAGAGAAGAUAAACGGCAUUGGGUACUAA